AUGGGGAUUUGCAAUUCUUAAAGUGGUAAAAAAUAAUAGUAGUAAAAAUAAUAACUAAAAAUUGUACUACCUAAUAAAUUAUCUCGAGAAUCACCACCUGAACCUUAAAACCUUAAUUAAUCCAAAAGAGAAUAAUCACCCUAAAAUAGUUAACCAAGUUAACAUAGUUAGAGAAGUAUUCAUACUCCUGGAAUCAUAUAUGAAAAUUAGAGAUAAUCAGUAUAAUCUAAUGGCCUAAAUAAAAAAUGCUAAAUAUCGACUGUAAAAAAUCAAAGAUCAUCUUCUAUGAGAUCACUAUCCUAAAGAUCUCUUAGUAAUUGCAGUUCUCCACUUAGAGGAUCUGUUAUAUAAGGAGUACAAUUUUAUAGUACUAAUGCAUCAAAAAAGUACUCUUUUAUGCAUAAUAAAGAAAUGCAAAUGAAUGUAUCAAUAUUACUUAAGUAUUUUUAGUCAGAAUUGUCAUUUGUUUAGAACAAUAAAACUGGUAAAAAGGCUAGAUUGGAAAUAUUAUCAAAAGCAGAAGAGGAAAGCAUUAAAUUCAUUUAUUGGCUGAAAUCAAAUUAAUUAGUAUUUUAUUGUUUUAUUUUUUAGGAUCAUUAAAAUAUACUAAAAAACUUAGAAGUUCAUUAAGAUAAUACAUCUUAUCAAUUAAUCUAUGAAUAUUUUGAUGGAUGCAAAUUAUCUCGAUUGUCAAACACAAUAGAUAUCACAGAGAAGAUAUUAGCAAAUAUUGCUGAUCAAUUAUUUUCAGUUUUAGCAUAUUUAAAAACUUAAUAAAUGGUUCAUGGAAAUAUAAACAUUCAUAGUUGGGAAUAUUAAUUUCAAUCAGAUUAAGUAAUUAUAAAAUUAAUUGAUUUGAAACCAAUAUCUGUUAAAAAAGUAGAUGAUUUUGAUGUUUUAUUAUACACUCCUCCUGAUGCUUUAUACAAAGAUGAAUAUACAGCAAAUAGAGAUUUAUGGGCAGUGAUGAUGAUUUUAUACUCUUUAGGGAAAGGUGAUGUACCAUAUAAAAUACCACAUAAAUUAUUGAAUGAUAUACCAGCUGUUAAGUAAUUUAUAUUGCAUUAUUAAUUUGAUGUGGAAUAAGAUCUUAAAAAAUGGUCAGUUGAUUUUAGAUAUUUUAUUGAAUCAGUGAUAGGUGAAAAGAAUAAGAGGAGAAGAAAAACAUAUGAAGAAUUAAAAGAUAAUUAAUGGAUGAAAAAAUACAGAGAAGAAGAAAUUUCAAUUUAAGAAAGAUUAUUAUCAAAUAUAAUGAAUUAGAAGGAGAGUUGUGAAUUAUAAUAAACCAUAUUAGAGAUAAUGAUAUAGGAAUUAGAAUAAGAGACUGCAAUUUAAUUAUAAAAGUUAUUUUCAGAAUUUGAUUUAGAUUUAGAUAUGAAAUUAACUAAAGAAGAAUUAAUAAAGAUGUUCUAAAAAUAUACUAAAUUUACUGAUCUAGAAUUUCGUAUUAAUUAAUUAUUCAUUGAUCAUUAAAUAAAAUCAGAAUUUAUGGCAUAGUUUACUUUUUUAUCACUUGCUGCUCCUAAAGAAUCAUUAUUAACUAAAACAAAUCUUGAAACCACUUUUAAUCUUUUGAGUAACAAUAAAGCAGAACUUAGAGCUGCUAAUAUUACAAAAUAUCUUAAUCUAAUUAACGAAGACUUAGAAACACAAUUUAAUGAAUUAGCUUCUGAAAAAAAAGUAAUAUAUUAUAUAUAUAUAAAUUAUAGCUUACAUUAGAGUAAUUCAUUAGUGUGAUGGAAUUAGUAAAAUGA